CAGCAGGCGGGCUGCAGCGGGUCAACCGCGGCCACCGCGCCCACGAAUGCCGGCGCUGCCCACAAAGACAUCAUGUCCGAGGUCGUCGAGGUGACCCCGGCGACCAACAGACCCGGCGUCGAAAUGGCCGACGCGCACCGCGCCGCAGUUAUUGCAGACGUCAGACGCGAGACCAAGGAGGCGGGAGGCAGCAGCUUGCUGGAGGCACAGAAGGACGCGCUGCGGCAAAUUCCCUGCCUUAAGCCGCGCAGCAAUCGCUGGGGUUUUGGAGCGGUAAACUUGGGCGCGCCAAGUUGCCGGCAGUGA